CCCUGAAGCCAUAUUGAAGACCUGCAGUAGAGGUGCAACCUAUGACUGGCGGCGCAAAAACAGUGAUAACAGCUGAGCUCCAAGAAGGGACCCAGGACUUUGCCUCAUCACAGACAUAAUUCUUCUCCAUAACACCACCACCAAGCCGCCCAGUAAAUCGACAUGAGUCACCAUAGCACCGACAGUGUGACUGAAGUCAUUACAAGGAACAUACUGUGGGGCAGUGAGCUCAAUCAGGAAAAGCAGAUCUGCACCUUUAGAGCCCAAGGCGAGAAGAGGGACACCUGUAAACUCUUGCUCAGCACGAUCUGCCUGGGGGAGAAGGCCAAAGAGGAGGUGAAUCGUGUGGAAAUCCUCUCCCAGGAAGAGAGAAAACCAGCAAUCACUAUUGCCACGCUGAAGGCCUCCGUCCUGCCUAUGGUCACAGUGACAGGUAUGGAGCUUUAUCCUCCAGUAACUUUUCGGCUCAGAGCUGGCUCGGGACCAGUGUUCCUCAGUGGCCUGGAAUGUUAUGAGACUUCAGACCUGUCCUGGGAAGAUGAUGAGGAAGAAGAGGAGGAAGAGGAAGAGGAAGAAGAUGAAGAUGCAGAUGUAUCGCUAGAAGAGAUACCUGUCAAACAAGUCAAAAGGGCUGCUCCCCAGAAGCAGAUGAGCGUAGCUAAGAAAAAGAAAGUGGACAAAGAAGAGGAGGAGGCGGCGGUGAGGCCCAGCCCUCAGGACAAGAGCCCCUGGAAGAAGGGGAAAUCUACACCCAAACCUAAGAAGUUGGUGUCCAAGAAAUGA